GCAGGUGGGCAGGCCUCAGCCCCCCUCUUCCUCCACGGCCAGCUGCAGCCUCCACCACCGAGUGGCCUGAUUGCUGCCCAAGAUGGUCCGAUACCGCGUGAGGAGCCCCAGCGAGCAUCCGCAGGAGGGCUGCAGGCAGCAGGGCUAUGGGCAGCAAGGACACGAGGACGGUGAGCAGGAGCAGAGGCUGAGCCCUGAGCGUGUCCAGGACUAUGGCCGGACUCACCGGGGUCGCUGCUGCCGGCGGCGCCGUAGACGCUGCUCUAGGCGCCGGCUGUACCGAAUCCACAGGAGGCGGCGGCGGUCCUGUCGUCGGCGCCGCAGACGCUGCUGCCGGCGACGCAGGCAUCGUAGAGGCUGCAGAAGGAUGAGGAGGAGAUGCAGAAGGUACAGAAGGUACUAGACCUUCCUGGGCCCGUCACCCCUGGCUAGGAGUUAACGCCACGACACCUGUGAAAGACCACCACACGCAGCCGUAACCACCCCCCACCCCCCCACUGGAUGCUGAAGCCCUGAGUUGCCAAGGAGCUCACAAGAUCUGAGCAGAAUGCGCACAAGUCACCUGCCAAAUAAAGCUUGACAAGGAACUAUG